AGGUAGUCUUUUUGGUAGCGCCACUCAGACAACAACCACUUCGACUGCCACUCCAAUCCUUUUCGGUGGUGGUACUACUGCAACAACGGCAACGCCAACUUUGUUCGGCAGUACCCCGGCUCCGACCGCUACUGGAACUCUUUUUGGUAAACCCACUACAGGUUUAUUCGGCACACCUGCAGCAACAGCAACAACAACUGCAACUGCUGGUGGACUUUUUGGUGCAGGCGCGACAGCAGCAGCGCCUACAACUGCGGCAGGUCUUGGAGGUACGGGUACCCUGGUGUCAGCUGGCGUGGGUACGAGUGGUUCGCUGGGUGUCGGUGUCGCCGGUGCUGCAGCAUCCGGAAAUCCGAUGGAUGGUGAAGUGCCACAACCGAUAGCAGAAGCAAUCAACUUGUUGCGUGAACGGAUCAAGAAAAAUCACGAAAAAGGCGAUGAAUUCUCGAUGAACAGUUCCGAUAAGUGCUUGUAUAUGGAGGAGAAAAUUGAGGAGCUGAUGAAAAUGCGAGUGAAAAAUAUGGAAGUUGUUCACGAUGCUGAAAUCAAGGCAAAUGAUUUGCUGGAAAAAAUGCGGCGUGAUGUUCGAGCAGCAGAGCAAGUGAGGCGACGACAGAACGAAAUAUCGAAAAAUCCUCAUUUUGGAAGAAAGCAAACGCUGGAUUACUUGUUUGGAAUCUGUGCCGAGCACGAAAGCACUAAAGAUUUGGUAACGAAAAAAGAUUUGCAAAUGCAUUUCGAGCAUUACGAUCGUGCAUUCAAAGUAAUCUGCGUAGAUGUAUGCCGAUGCAAAACUGCUGUUCAGGAUGUCAAAGAUGCGUUUUUGGAACGGCGGCGGCGUACAAUGCCGUACAUAUCGAAUCCUUUCGAGGAGAGAAGGCCGAAUCGUUUUGAAAGACGUUCAUCAUCGGAAACAAGAUUAGUAGGUGCCGAUGCAUUCCCGUCGCAAGUGACAAUGAUGAAAAUUGGAGAAAUGGCAAAAUCCUCAACCGCAACCCAGCAACAAGGUUUGUCUCAGAAGUGUUCAGAAAAUGUUUCUUUCCCUGAAGCCCCGUGGGCAAAAACAUAG